CUGGGAAGUGGCCGAUGCUUUUAAUAGCUGUUUCACGUCUACCGUCUGACUUUGGCGACAGCGCGCGCGCUGUGAAGGACGCGCAAUAUCCUGUCGGAUGAGACGGGCUGCGCCAUUGACUCGACACCAUGCGUCUCGCGCACUCUUUGCUCUCCAAGCAUCCCAUAUGGACGCGAUGUUGGGAGUGCCAUAAACAAUAUCGCACCAGUCGGUGGAAAGAAAGCAGUCUGUUGGGCCGCGGCUCGGGACACUCGACGGCCGAAGGUCGUUCCCCCCAAUUAUUCCGUGGCAAAACCUACCCAAUGUCUCCCGCCUCAUCCGGCGCGAAGUAGCCGUCCUUGGGUCCAUCAACACUCGCUAAACGCAGCAUGAUGCUGUUUCGCUUCACGUGGACCGAGGCACACAUGGCUAACAACCGCGCCUCGAGUCUCGCCGUUACCAAGCUACUCACCGUUGGGAACCGUCACUUGGUCUUUCUACCAAAUGCGAGCACUAUGUAGAGAGCCACAAGUAGACAAAGUGCAGAGUGACGGGGCCGUCUGCAUACUAGACGCCCCAUUGUGUCUACUGCACUGGAUGAUACAUGAUGAAAAGCGGAGGCCAGCCGCCGUCGUCCGCCAGUAUUGCUCAGCGGAUCAAGGAGGGCUGAGUUGGGUACGGAUGCAGCUAGCCUCCUCACCGGAUGCUAUGACCAUGCUCAACCGCGAAACGGAAGCCCCUCCGAACCACCGCCGGCAUCUUCUGCAGGCGUCUAGACCACAACUCGACAUGUCAGACAAGGGGGCCAUCUUUGAGAGCCCACUCAAGAGUGCAUGCGCCAAUGACGGCGACUCUCAAUACAGCCUCGCCUUCUUGCUUGGUCACGAUACAUUUCUGUCCCUCCCGUGCUUCAGCACGUUCUCAAAAUUGCUUCCUCUUCGCGAAGACCACAUUUCUCUGCGUUUCUAUGCCCAGCAUGAAGAUGUGAUACAACAAGCUCAUGACGUUGAAUGGGACAUGCAAUUCUUUCUGGUAUCACAAGGCUGAGACGUCAUUUCAACACAGCAUAUGCACCCCGUAUGCAAUGUCGCCUUGUUAGGGUCUGGGGAAGCGUAGCUCGUGGGGAAAGGCAAUUGGAAGUGGGACUUCCCAACACACACAAACACACAAAGUUCCGUUGUUCCCCCACAUCGUCACUUUGUCUUCUUUGAGCCUCAAAACUGACAACGUUGCGGCUCGACCGCCACGUAUGGGCUCUUGAUGCAGCCGCAGGCCCGACGCUGGCCUACGUGUUUCCUUUUAUUUCUCUUUGUCUCUCUCUCUCUCUUUUCAUUCCUUUUUCUUUCUAUCUUUUUUUUUUUUUUUU